GCAAAUCAGAAGAAGUCUGCCGCCGGACUGGUUGUGAAAAAUCGGCUUAAUUUUUGUUCUUUUAUUUGUUUUCUGCGGUUUAAUUUUAGUUAUUUAAUUAAUUAUGUCUACUUCCACUGAUUAUUACAGUGUACUACAAUCUAUUUUAAAUGAUGAUAAACUUGUUAGUUCCAUAAAGACAAGUAAAAUCUUGAUUGUUGGUAGCGGUGGUAUUGGUGUGGAGAUCAUAAAAAAUGUUGUUCUUCUUGGCUUUACCGACUUGACCCUGAUUGAUUUGGAUACUAUAGAAAUUUCAAACCUCAAUCGACAGUUUCUAUUCAACAAAAAUCACGUUGGUAAAUCGAAAUCUCUGGUUGCUGCCAAUGUGUCGCAAGCCAAUUUUGCCUUUCAUUCAAAUUUAAAAAUCACUGCUCUUCACAACUCAAUUAUGAGCUCAGAGUAUGAUGUUGAUUUUUUCAAAACCUUUAAAGUUGUUAUUAAUGCUCUGGACAACCGAGCAGCUCGAAGUCAUGUGAAUAGGAUGUGUCUGGCUGCUAAUGUUCCACUAGUUGAAUCAGGAUCAGAAGGUUACAUGGGCCAAGUGACUCUUAUCAAACGUGAUGUCAGUGCUUGUUAUGAGUGUGAUGGCCCUAGACAAGAACAAAAAACUUUUGCUUCUUGUACUAUCAGAAAUACUCCAUCACUUCCUAUUCACUGUAUCGUUUGGGGUAAACAUUUGUUUGCUCAGUUAUUUGGUGAAGAAGAUGCUGACAAUGACGUAAGUCCUGAUAUGAAUGAUCCUGAACUGGGUAUGACCAACAAAUCAGAUGACUCUUCGGACAAGAAACCCUCGACACGUGAAUGGGCCAACUCCAAUAAUUACGACUCUAAAUUAUUAUUUGACAAACUAUUUAAAAUAGAUAUAGAAUACCUACUUAAAAUGAGUAAGCUUUGGGAAAAUCGAAGAAGACCCACUCCAUUGACAGUAGAUAUGUUAAGUAAAGAUGACAGUAAUCCCAAACCUUCUAGUAGUGUAAAUGCUGUUAAUGGUGAUGUCUCCGCCAACGGCCAAAGUUUGAAAGAUCAGCGUAUAUGGUCAUUGUCCGAAUGUUAUGAAAAGUUUUGUGAAAGUAUCAAUAUUUUAAAGAAGAGGCUCGGAGACGAGGGAUACUUGGUUUGGGAUAAAGAUGAUGAUGAAGCGUUGGAUUUUGUCACUAGUGUUGCUAACCUCAGAUCUCAUUGUUUUGGUAUAGAAAAGAAAUCAAGAUUCGACGUUAAAUCUAUGGCUGGUAACAUUAUACCAGCAAUAUCAUCAACCAAUUCUAUUGUCGGUGGACUUAUAACUCUUCAACUCAUCCAUCUUCUACGAAAGUUAAACGAAGUGAAAGAUGCUACAGACCAAAAAGAAAUUGAUCAAAAAUGUAAAGAAGCCUGUAAAUGUAUUUAUCUUCGGAAAGUUGGUCUCAAUGCUCGUAAUCUCAUCUCAUCCUAUGAUCUAUUUGAACCAAACCCGAACUGUUUGGUUUGUAAUACUGGUCGUAUACCUGAAAUCGAAUUGACCUGUAAUCUAAGUGAGACAACAAUGAAUGAUUUUGUGGAACAGAUCAUUAUGAAGAUCUUCAAUUUUGUAUGUCCAGAUAUACAGAUUGAAGGACAACCUAUCAUUAUUUGGAGUUCAGAAGAUGCAGAUGAAUCUGAAAAGGCCGAAUCUAAAAAGAAAUAUCUCAACAAAUAUCCUCAAGUACAUCAUAAACAACGACUUCGGGUCUAUGAUUUAUUACAAAAUCAUUCUUUAAUAAUAAACCUAUUAGAUGGAAAAGUGGAUAAAUCCGAAAAUGAAGAACGUUUUUAUAUUAUGAAAAUAAUUAACGAAGGAUCAACUAAAAACGGCACGGAAGAAAAAGAUGAAGAAAAUGAUAAAGAUAACAACUGUAUGGAAGUAGAGAAUGGCAAUUCUGGCGUUGAAAUAAUUUGUGACAACGGUGACGAUUCCGAUGUUUUUAUUGUUGAUUCAAAUUCAAAAGAGAAACGUAAAUUGGACUUUGAUGCAGAAGAGAUACUGGAAGUACCCGGGGUUUCAAAAAAAUUGAAGAUUUAAACUGAAACGAUAUUCAACUCCAUCUCUUUGGCUUUGGUGUGAUUCUUGCAACCUUACAGUUUUUCGUUAUCAAAAAAUUGUAUCUUUUUCAUCGCAUUUGAAAAAAAUUUUUCUUUAUAACAGAGCAAAAAUUACAAUUUUGUAUAAUUAAUUCAGUAACGAACAAUGUUACUAAGUAUUUCCAUUUUUCUCACUUUACUCCUCUCACUAUAAAUGAUCAUUUUUCAACACAAGCAUAAGAAAUAUUGCUAAUUCCAUAAAUUGAUAAUCAAUCUUUAUUUGUCUCUGUUAAAAUACCCACUGUCACAUUAGAAACUAAUAAAAUAAAUUGUUAAUCUUUUUUGACAACAUAAU